UCAAGCCAUUGGAAAAUUUGCCAUCGUGAAGUUGGUUAUGGGAUAAUUAACGCCAUCUGAAUAUUAUAAACACAUAUAAGAUAUACCUCCUUCAUCACUGUAUCAUUGUCUAAAUCCUUAUUACAAACAGCUUCUACCAUAUUUUGUUAGAUGGCAGACAGAACAGAAUGAAAUAUCAAAGACAUAAAAGAAUAGGUUAUGUUGCAUUUUAUUUAAAAAAGUUUUUUCUCCUCUUUUAAAACAUGAGCCUUGUUUUUGUAUUCACCCACAAUAUUUAUCGAAAUCUCCCAACUAUACUGAAUUCCGAAACACAAUGUCUAAGGCAGUUGUCAUGCAUUAGCCAAAAAUUUUAUCAUAAACUCAAUUGGAGGCCUAAUCAGGAGCUAUUCAGAAGAAAAUAUUGCACAGACGUGAAAAAGCACGUAAAUGUUGGAACAAUAGGACAUGUAGAUCAUGGCAAAACCACUCUAACAGCCGCUAUAACAAAGGUCUUACAAAAGAAAGGACUGGCAAAAUAUACUUCUUAUGAUGAAAUCGACAAGGCUCCUGAAGAGAAAGCGCGAGGGAUUACUAUAAAUGCUGCUCAUGUUGGCUACAGCACUGGCAAACGGAGUUAUGCUCACACUGAUUGUCCUGGUCAUGCUGAUUUCAUAAAGAACAUGAUUUCUGGCGUUUCUCAAAUGGACGGUGCCAUUCUAGUCGUGGCUGCAACCGAUGGUCAAAUGCCACAAACCAGGGAACACCUUCUCCUAGCCAAACAAGUUGGUAUAACGAAAAUAAUUGUUUAUGUCAAUAAAGCUGAUUUAGUCGAUCAGGAAGUGCUUGAUUUGGUUGAACUGGAAAUUCGUGAGCUAUUGGAGGAUUUUGGAUUCGAUGGAGAUAAUUCACCGGUCAUAUUUGGAUCAGCUUUGGAAGCUCUGAAUGGGAAAGACUCCAAGCUGGGAGAAAACUCCAUAAUCAAGCUUCUUGAUACUUUAGAUACUUACCUGCCAGAUCCUGAAAGAGACACUACGUCUCCUUUCGUGCUGCCUAUUGAUAACGCUUUUUUGGUGCCUGGCAGGGGAACUGUUGUUGUAGGUACUAUCAAUAAAGGCACCAUUAAAAAGAACACUGAAGCUGAGCUGUUAGGGUUUGAUUUGCAACUCAAAACAACUGUCUCUGAUAUACAAGUGUUCAAAAAAAGUGUGCCGCAAGCUGUAGCGGGUGAGAAUAUUGGUGCACUCUUAAGGGGGAUACGAUUGAAAGACAUUAAUAGGGGUAUGCUUCUGUGUGCCUUAGGAAGUGAGAAAAUUAGCAAUAGGUUCAAAGCAAGUAUUUAUUUUUUAUCUCGUGCCGAAGGUGGUAGGUCGAAGCCAAUUACCGGUAAAUAUUGUCAGCAGUUAUUCAGUCGAACAUGGAAUGUUGCGUGCCGAAUUGAUUUAGGUGAAAAUGUGGAUAUGAUAUUACCUGGGGAACACGGAGAAGUUAACUUGACACUCUUGUGGAAGAUGGUUAUGGUGUCAGGACAGCAGUUCACAGUGAGAGAAAACAAUAUUACCGUCGCUACAGGAAUUAUUACUGAAACUCUACCGAAUGUAAAUAUCACUACCAGCUUAGGAAAACUAGUGUUGUAAUUUUUUCAGAAGUAUCAAGAAAACGUUGUUAAUAUAUGUGUUUAUAAUUUUCA